UAGGACAAUUUGGAGUAUCUACAUUAGGCCGACCUGGACAAGGGAAAAAGUUUGGUUCUAGUGGGCCUACGGGACCUGUUUUGUCCUAUGGCGGCCGUAAAAUGCAGACAUCCCCUACAUUUGCCGACGGUGAUCCCCAUUUUUUGAUACAUGUGCCUCAAUCUGAUAUGUACGUUUGCUUUAACAUCAUGGGACUCACUGGCGAGCAUUACCGACUCAUCCAAGAUCCUGAACUCGGUAUCACUGUUACCGGCAACAUUAUCGAGGAGCCAAUUAUCCGACCUGGAAAACAUCGAAAGCGUUCCUACUUUGGAGAUGUGACCUUUGUUAUUGGAAAUAAAACGAUAAUCGUUAGCCCAUCGCAGAUAACUUUCGAUAAGGUGCACACCUUUACAUGGGAUUAUAACUUAGCCGUCGGUUUUCCGGAUUUAUCGAUUAGCAUCGUGAACAAACGAUUUGUCCGUGUCAACAUCCAACCAGAUAUCACUUUAGUUGCAAUGCGACAUGCGGUGACCGGCAACAACACUAUGAAGGUUGGGUACAUGGGAGUGUACAUCGAAAACGGAGAGGGAUUGUCAGACAAUGUUCAUGGAUUGAUUGGACAAUUUCAAGACAGCAAUAUGUCGAUUGACAGCGAGAGCAUCCGGGUUAAUGACCAGUUCAACGUCAGUGCUACGCUAAAUAUAAAAUCUCGUGAAGUGCCCGUCACUAAGCGAUAUCACAUGGUACUCUCGAAGAAGCAGCCAUGUUGGUUCGCAGGCAACAACGGAGCUGGUUUAAUUGAUGGCAGCCAUGUUGACUACUUGGAGAAGACCAAUAUCGUAAACUCAUAAGAUAAAACACAUCGCUGAGGCGGUAGACAAUUUGUCAAGAAGUUACCAAUACCUAUUCAAAAUUAAGUUGUAGGGAUAAUGACAAUAGAUUUAAACUUUUCUAGAUAGCAACAAAAUAUGUUCUGGAACUUAUGAGCGAGAAAUUUUGACCUCAGUAAAUUUUACUACACUGCAAUCCAUUAUGUUAUUUUUAGAUAAAUAACAUAACACUUUGAUAGAAAUUGGUUUAGCUUUCAGUGUACUGCACAUAUUGACACCAAACCAAAACAAUUAUAAACAAUUUUGUCCCAGUCAUAUACUCUAUUAUAAAAUAUAUAGCUCCAUAUUUGAACAUAAACUUGAUACCAAGAAAGAGCAUUAGACUUCGAAAUUACGUGUCAUCAAAAUAUAUUUCAUUCCUGGUUUUAGCAGACAGGCAUUAUAUAAUAUUCAGUAUAUGAUUAUACAUACAUACAUACAUAUAUAUACAUAUAUAUAUAUAUAGUUAUACGAGGAUUGAUUUUUUUUGGCAAAAUAAAAAUGAAAUUUAUUAGUAUUUCAAGUGUACUGAAGAAACCUAAUUCCCUGUAUCUUAACUCAACUUAUAUCCGCUUCACCAAAGUGUAACUGGCUCCUUUUGGUUAUAUGUGAUACACUUUAAUAUUUUUCUUCAUAUUUUACAAUUUCCUAUGUUUUAUAUGGAGGUAAAUCUAAACAACAUUCCGUUUUGUGCAGCUAAGUUUUUAUAUUGAAUAAAAUAUAAAUUUAUAUAUUACAAUA